ACACGUUUGGUAGGUGGGUGGAGUGUAGGCCAGGGGGUUGGCGGUGCCGUGUCAUGGAGGCUCAGUCUCUGAGCAGCCAUUGAAGGGGAAGGAACUGCGGGUGUGUGUGUGUGUAUGUGUGUGUGUAUGUGUGUGCGCGCGUGCGUGCGUGUGUGUGCGCGCGCUAGUGUGUGGACAAGGAGGUGGGGGCAGCCGAGUUAGAGUCCCAACUCUUGGACUCCAUUUGCUAUUCUCUUCUUUCUCCCCCACACCUAUCUGGUGGUAGUGGGCGUUUAUAUUUGCGUUCCUUUUCAUUCAUUUCUAAAUCUCUUAAAAAUUUUGGGUUGGGGGUAUUGGGGAGGGCAGGAAAAGGAAAAGAAGGAGAGUAGUAGCUGAAGAGCAAGAGGAGGACAUGGAGAUGAAGAAGAAGAUUAACCUGGAGUUAAGGAACAGAUCCCCGGAGGAGGUGACAGAGUUAGUCCUUGAUAAUUGCCUGUGUGUCAAUGGGGAAAUUGAAGGCCUGAAUGAUACUUUCAAAGAACUAGAAUUUCUGAGUAUGGCUAAUGUGGAACUAAGUUCACUGGCCCGGCUUCCCAGCUUAAAUAAACUUCGAAAAUUGGAGCUUAGUGAUAAUAUAAUUUCUGGAGGCUUGGAAGUCCUGGCAGAGAAAUGUCCAAAUCUUACCUACCUCAAUCUGAGUGGAAACAAAAUAAAAGAUCUCAGUACAGUAGAAGCUCUGCAAAAUCUUAAAAAUUUGAAAAGUCUUGACCUGUUUAACUGUGAGAUCACAAACCUGGAAGAUUAUAGAGAAAGUAUUUUUGAACUGCUGCAGCAAAUCACAUACUUAGAUGGAUUUGAUCAGGAGGAUAAUGAAGCACCGGACUCUGAAGAGGAGGAUGAUGAGGAUGGAGAUGAAGAUGAUGAAGAGGAAGAGGAAAAUGAAGCUGGUCCACCGGAAGGAUAUGAGGAAGAGGAAGAGGAAGAGGAGGAUGAGGAUGAGGAUGAAGAUGAAGAUGAAGCAGGUUCAGAGUUGGGAGAGGGAGAAGAGGAAGUAGGUCUCUCAUACUUAAUGAAAGAAGAAAUUCAGGAUGAAGAAGAUGAUGAUGACUAUGUUGAAGAAGGGGAAGAAGAGGAAGAAGAGGAAGAAGGAGGUCUUCGAGGGGAGAAGAGGAAACGAGAUGCUGAAGAUGAUGGAGAGGAAGAAGAUGACUAGAUCAUUCUAAGACCAGAUUCUCUAAUGUUUCUCGGUGUGCAAUAGAGUGAUCACAUCUUUGUUUCUUCAUGUACGAUAGCUAUCCUACAGAAGAUAAUGUGUAACUUUUUAUAGGAAAAGUGUGGUUUUACUAUUUUUGCCUUAUCAUUCCAAAUAACUAGUCUGUUAAUGAUCAUAUUAUAUGUAGAGAAAAAUUUUCAUUGACUCCCAUUGUGGAAUUCCCUAGCAAUUUAUUUAGACUUAAUUUUUUAAAUUCAAGCUUACUGUAUUAGUCAUUUUUAGCCCAUAAUUAAAACGUGAUCACUUUUACACAGGUGUAGUAUGGUGCAUUUCAUUCCUUAUUUAUAAAUUAACUGAAAUUACAGUUUGCUAUAAUAUAAAAUGACAAUAGUCUCUUGAGUGGUAAGUUGGUUAUUUUUUUAGAGGUGAUCCAGGGAUCUUUAGUUUGAAGGCAGUCACCUUUUUUUUUUUUUUUUUUUUUUUUUUUUUUUUGACUAAGAGUGUUUGGUUGCUUUUUUGUCACAAGUAACUUGGAAAAUAGAAACAGAAUAGUAAAGGUUCUAUUCAGCAACAUAGUUCACGGAUUUUGUGGAGGUUCUAUCAGUAAUAUGUUUCAUGCAUUUAGUGGUGACUGAUAAGAUUUUAUUUUUGAAGGAAAAAUUGCUUAUACUAAGUCCAGAGACAUGCAGGUGAGCCCUUUUGUCAGGCUGCAAAUCAUGACAUGUCGAUGGUUGUUUAUUUUGUUUUGUUUUUAGGUGUGCAUUCUUUUUCUUCUUAGCAAUUCCUUUAUGAUCACCUUCCCUUCUUGCUUCACUCCCUCCUGCUCUCUCAAAAGAAAGUUGGGAAACUUGUGAAACCCACGAAAACCUUUAGUCUUAUACCUCAACUACCUUUCAGUCCUGUCUGGGUUUUAAAUAAGUGAAGUGGAAGAAAUUGAGUAUUUUCUGACAUAAGAAUAUAUUAUCAAUACAGUUUUAUGCAGUAAGCUCUGCUUACCAUAAAUGUUUCUUGGUUGACAACAUCUAAGACAAUAUUAGUAGGAUGAAGAAAGAAAAGCAGUGGUGCUUUUGGAAGCAGUGUUAGUGUUCCUCAAAAGUCAGAACAUUUGCCUGUUGAUAUAUUAAUAAGACAUUAAAGUCAAAUUUUAAUGUUGGACUCUCAAAUGAUUUGUAUACCACUCUACAAAGUAUUUCUAACCUUUAAUUCCCAGUUUUAAAGCAGAUAUAAUAAUAACAUUUAAUUGGACUAUACUAGGCAGCUGGAAAAGUAUUUGAAACUAAAUCGACAUUAAAAUUAAGAUUUGUUUUCAAGUGGAUGUCCAUUAAAAGUAGAAAAAUAUUUGGGAUAAGUGAGUGUGUGUUUCCUUACAUGGCUACUAAAUAAAAUAUAAUGAGUAUACAAGUAUAUCUCCUCUUUUGCUAUGGAGGCUCCAUGUUCAAGGCAAUGGCUUUUUAAAUCUUGGUAUCUAAAAUUUUUUCCCUUUGUUUUGAAUAUUUGUAAGUUUUUAAAAAGUUAGUGUCAGCAAAUUAAUUGAAGUUAUGAGUUAUGCUUCUAUACUGGGACAUAUUUAAAUACUGAGUAUAGUACUGCUGCUACUACUUCUACAAUGUAAAAUGUAUGACUUGGUGUUUUAAAGUAAAAAUUAUGAUGUUACUUGUGGAGAAACUAAAAAUGUUAUACAACUGAUUGAAAUAAAACCCUUGGGAUAAGUUUAGUGAGGGGAUUGGAAUACCCAAAAAACUAACAUUUUUCUUCUGCUUUUAAAAACUGAAAUUCCCUGUUCUAGUUCCUAACAAUUCUCAUUACAUACUAUGCCAGAUUACAAGAUACUUAUUUUUAAAAUGAAAUCUAUAUAUUGACUUUCUUAUCAAUCAUCUUACUGUGCAAUCAAAAUUAGAGUACUUUGGUUUGAAAACAACACUUAGAGCCUCCAGGUAACUUUUAAGACUUAUUUAGCUUUGUGGGUGGUAUUUUCAUGCAAAUAAGUAAGGGUGGGUUUUAUAUUUUGUAGAAGUUUUUGGUCCUAUUUUAAUGCUCUUUGUAUGGCAGUAUGUAUAUAGUGUGUUAAGUUCCUCAAGAAUCUCCUUAAAAACUUUGAAGUUAAUACUUUUGUGCAACUGUGUUUUGAAUAAAGCCAUGACAGUGUUAAAAACAAACAAAAAAAUUUGCAGUACUCCUGAUUAUUCUUUUAUUGUUUUUGACUGUUCCCUGUUUUUUUCCGUGACUGCUGUAACUUAAAGUUUUUGAAACUGAAUUGCUUCAAAUAAAUUGAAGAUUUGUUAUAA